UUCCGCUGGUCAUUUGUAAAGGAAGAUAUUCACGCCUUUUUCUUUCUCCUCCUCUCUUCUCGACUCAUUUUCAAGAAAAUGUGGGACGCGCGUUCUCUGCGCGGCGUCCGCGGAGUGCUCUCCUCAGUCGUGGCCGCUUGACUAAAGGGGAUCCCGGCUCCCUUCUCAUCCUCUACUCCCUUAGGAACAAGAGGAGUUUGCAUGCAAAAGGUGGUUUAUCUCGGCAAGCCAUGGAGGGACUUGCCUAAAGAGGAUCCAACAUAAUUCAACAUUUUUAGACUUUUUUUUCUUCUUCUUUUUGUGUCAUUGUAACAUCUUCCUCAACAAAUCUCCUCUUCCAUCACCAUGGCUGAGAAGUUUGGACCAGCAGGAGUGAAGUCCACCAACAUCCGAACCAUUCCCUCUGUGCCCCCCGAGCCCAUUGACAUCGUCCGCACAAAAGCCCGCUCCCGUAGAGUCCGCCUUAAUGUCGGGGGUCUGAACCACGAGGUCCUGUGGCGGACCCUGGACCGGCUGCCCAGGACUCGGCUUGGAAAGCUUCGAGACUGCAACACCCACGAGUCCCUGAUGGAAGUCUGCGAUGAUUACAGCCUCAACGAAAACGAAUACUUCUUUGACCGCCAUCCAGGCGCCUUCACCUCCAUUCUGAACUUCUACCGCACGGGCAAACUGCACAUGAUGGAGGAGAUGUGCGCCCUCUCGUUCGGCCAGGAGUUGGACUACUGGGGGAUUGACGAGAUCUACCUGGAGUCCUGCUGCCAGGCACGUUACCACCAGAAGAAAGAGCAGAUGAAUGAGGAGCUGCGGCGGGAAGCCGAGACAAUGAGGGACCGGGAGGGAGAGGGAGAGUUUGAUAACACCUGCUGCCCAGACAAGAGGAAGAAGCUGUGGGAUCUCUUGGAGAAGCCCGGCUCCUCGGUGGCUGCCAAGAUUCUAGCGAUCCUCUCGAUCCUGUUCAUCAUCCUCUCCACCAUCGCUCUGUCUCUCAACACCUUACCAGAUCUGCAGGUCACGGACGAGUUCGGCCAGGCCAACGACAACCCCAAGCUGGCCCACGUAGAGGCCGUGUGUAUCGCCUGGUUCACCAUGGAGUACCUCCUUCGCUUCCUCUCCUCUCCUAACAAGUGGAAGUUCUUCAAAGGCCCACUGAAUGUCAUUGACCUGCUGGCCAUCCUGCCCUACUAUGUCACCAUCUUCCUGACUGAGUCCAACAAGAGUGUGCUGCAGUUCCAAAACGUGCGCCGUGUCGUGCAGAUAUUCAGGAUCAUGAGAAUAUUGAGGAUCCUGAAGUUGGCCAGGCACUCCACGGGCCUCCAGUCUCUCGGGUUUACUUUGAAAAGGAGCUACAAUGAACUGGGGCUGCUUAUUUUAUUUCUCGCCAUGGGCAUCAUGAUAUUUUCCAGCUUGGUGUUCUUUGCUGAGAAAGACGAAGAUGCCACCAAAUUCACCAGUAUCCCCGCGUCAUUCUGGUGGGCAACCAUAACCAUGACUACAGUGGGCUACGGUGACAUUUACCCACAGACUUUACUUGGUAAAAUUGUGGGUGGGCUCUGCUGUAUUGCUGGUGUGCUAGUAAUUGCUCUACCCAUCCCCAUCAUUGUCAACAACUUCUCUGAGUUCUACAAGGAGCAGAAGAGGCAGGAGAAGGCCAUCAAGAGGAGAGAGGCGCUGGAGAGAGCCAAGAGGAAUGGCAGCAUUGUGUCAAUGAACCUAAAAGAUGCCUUCGCCCGAAGUAUGGAACUGAUGGAUGUGGUGGUGGAGAAAGGAGAGGACAAAACCUCCCUGGACAACCACCUGUCGCCUAGUCGCUGGGGCAGCUCAACCAUGCACGCCUCCUCCGAGACCUACUUACAAACUGCAGAUAACAGAAACCCUGAGCCGCAAAGAUCGCCUCGUAUAACCAUCAACACCAAUGGAAGUCCACAGCGGAUAAACAGGACCCCGCAGCACCUUAAUGUGCAGAAACUGGAGGAGAUGUACAACCAGAUGACCACGUCACAAUCCUUAACCAACCUCAACACUACAAGCUCCAUGAGCACUCUGAGCACAAACGUGACCACGACAGUCUCACCGAAGAAAUCUCAAAGCCCUGACUUUACAUUAAAAGAGGAAGUAGAGCUGGAGAUGAAGGAGGUCCAAACCUCCUCGCUAGAUAACUUUGCGGGCUCCUCUGCAAACUUUAGAGAACAAGACUCCAACUCAAAAAAGGAAAAUGCUGGACCUUGUCGACUCAGACACCCCAGGGCACCACCCUACUUGGAUCUUAGCCAACUGAGGGCCAUUGAUGACGACAACUCCCCUGACGUCAUAUUCAAAGACGGCCUCUAUGAAUCAGAGGUCCACAUAGAGGACAGGGGGAGCUUUAACAGCGCUGUGGAGAAUAUCCAUAGGAAUAACCCUCUCACAAUAAAGGGGUUGAACGUCAACUUCGACAAGACCUCUGCUGAAGGCCCGCUGACACCGCCCAGCACUACCUCUCCUGGAGACAUCAGCUCCAGCAUCCUGGAAGACGAGUCCCCCGAUGGAGAGACGUCUCCGCUCAUCCUCAGCACGGUGGAGCUGCUCCCAAUCUCAGAGGAGGAGACCUGCCCGUUGUCGCCUAAGAGGCUGGUGGUCGAUACCCCACCCGGCGAUGAAGAUCAAUCCACAGAGAACCACGAGGAGAAGCAUCUGAUGGAAGUGGCGGGCGCUGCAGUUGCUCCCUUGUCACCCAAAACAGCAGCACAAAAUUGCACCCAAGGUGUGGUCGGAGCAGGCGAGGAAGUCAAGGCUGACAGCAACCAAAGUGGACACAAAGUAGAGAACCACAUGUUUACGUCGGAUAUCCACCUGAUACCCGGGGACGGCAGCCUCUCUCCGGCCUGCGAAACCAGCAUGUGACUGUAAAAGGAAAGCUCCGAGGGACAAUAGGACCCACUGCAACCUCAGCCCGGCGUGUGGGAGAGUAGGAAAGGGUGCAGUUGUAGUGAAAGAGAUUUUUGCAUGGCAUGACAAGUCCCUUUUACUUGUGUUGUUGCGUAUUACUGAAAAAGAAACUGCAGUGCAGAUUUGAGAAUGACUUUUGAGGCAAACAGUGGGUUUUAAAGAGGAGGCUCAUGAGGGAAUUCAUCAACUUAUGUAGACAUUUUGGUCCUCCCAAUGUACACAAUGACAGUCUCCUUUUUCUAGCAAAAGAAGGAAAAUGCACAGAGGGACUUAUCUGUAAAAAGCAUGCAUUUAAAAAAGACAUAUAUUUUACGGUGCUUAGUUUGCUGAAAGCGCUCCACUGUAAAUACUCGGACAUCUAAGGCCAUGACAAUGCACAGGAUGGCAACGGAAACAUGUCACUGAAGGUACAAAUAAUUGUAAUGUGAAACGGGAGUUGGGGGGGGGGGGGUUGAACUGAGAGCCCUCAGACUGGGUGUUGCAUCGUAGCGACCUAUAAAAAAAAAACAUAUCAUUACCUUUUGUGGAAAUGCAAAGUGUUCCCAUGACGACCCUGUAAUGUUUUUUUCGUGUGAAUAACGGUGUAUGAAACUGUAACGUUGACAUUAUUGCUUUUGGUUUUCAUAGCGACUGUUGAGCUUUCAGUUGAUGUUCAGUCUUUGAAGUAAAGACCGGUGGGCGGACAGAAACACCUUGAUCCCCCCACAAUCAACCUGAAGUCGCCAAAUAUCAGAAACUUCCACUACUGAAAAUAUUUAAUGUGGUUUCAGAAGUCACGACAAGGUUUAAGAUUAUUCCUUAACAGUAAAUCUUAUUUACUCUCAGAUAAACAUCUAAAAGUAGUUCUAAGAAUAAGAAUAAGUAGGAGUAGAUGUUUGUAGAGAAAUAAAUCUACAGUAGGUAAGUGAGAUUCAGUAAAACAGACUAUUUAUUUAUUCAGCACAGUAGAUAUGGUCAUUAUUACACAGAUAUGCUUUACACUAUAAUUAUCUAUUUUGGCAAUUCAAAAGGGAUAGACUACAAUAAAAAAAAAUGACAAUGCUCCCUCUCAUAUCAAUGGACCAAAUCAAGCACAGCUUUCAUCUAUCUCAGCUGCAUAGUAACAUAUACGAUUAUAACAAGUAUUAUGACAGUAGUUAUGUUUUUUCUUUCCUUAUGGUUUGUUUACCUGCAUUGUGUUCAUGAUCCUCAGCGCCCUGAUGUCGUUAUUGACAUUUGUUCCAUACUACUGCAAGUUUAUCCCGUCCUGCUGAUGAGUUUAAGGCAUUCUUUACAUAUAUCCGUCGUGUCUUGGACUGUAAUUUAUUGUGUUUUAUUGUGAACAAAACUAUUUUCAGUCGAACUUAAACCCAAAGGAGUUUUUUUCUUUCUCUCUCUCUCUCUCUCUCUCUCUCUCUCUCUCUCUCUCUCUCUCUCUCUCUCUCUCUCACUCUCUCUCUCUCUCUCUCUCUCUCGUCUUCUUUCUCGCUUUUGUUUUACACUGACUGAAGAUAUCCGUUGUAUGUUGCCUUUGAUUCCAAUUUUACUGCUGGAAUAUUAGUGUUUUGUUUCAGCAUGACACUGAGUGUACUCGUAGUGUGUUUGUGAGAGCCACACAAACCAGAGCGACAGGAAGUACGUGGGUGAAUUCUUUGUUGUUUGUUUUAUUGUUUUAUUUCAUAUUAUUAUUAUUAUUAUUAUUAUUAUUAUUAUUAUUAUUAUCAUUAUCAUAUUUUCUGUUCUCACAGAGAGGUGUGGAAUGUGCAAUACCGCAUACUGCAAUCUAUGCAGGCCAAGAAUUGUGGCACUUUAUUUUCUGUCUACGGGAUUUGUAAGUGUACAGGCAGAAAUGACUUGUAUUUUUCAAAUGUUAUAUCUUUAAUAUGAGGCAAAAUAGUAUUACAACUACCAGAAUCUCACAAACAAACAAUGCAAAUGAGAAUUUGACAUUUACUUUUUCGUAUUAUAUGUCUGGCAUAUGCUGUCUCGCACUUUAAUGCCAGAUAUUAAUGGACCUCAAAUUUGAUUAUCUGUGGGACUAGGGAUCCAAAUUGACCACUCUGGGCCUUUUAUAUUGCUGUUAGAUUUACAUCAAACGUCUAACUAGAUGUCUGUGGAAGAUAUUAAAGAUAAUUUUAUUUCAAUGGCCACACAAAAAUGAUUUUAUGUUUUUUGUGAAUUAACGUUGAGAAUGAUUCUAUUUUUUCUAAACCAAAAUGGAGCACGACCACAAUUUCCUGCCAUAUGGUGGUUGAAAUGAUGCGUGCCUUUUCAUAACACUGCUGUUUAUGAGAAGGUAGCAAGUCAUUUUGCUUUGUUCAUAUAGCACUGUACAGAAAAUUCUAAUUUUAUAGGUGAAAUCAGGUCUUUAUGUAAUAGAUACAAGUAAUGUUAUUGAGUUCUCAGGUUUUCUAUAACUCUCUGAUGUUCCAAUUGGAUCGAUUCUCUGUUUUUUCUUUAACAGCUAAUGUCAACUAGUUAUACUUCUGUACUUUUCUUGAAAGGUGAUGUUGUCAAAUCCACAUUGAUGUCUUGGCUCCUGGGGUAAGGAGCGGCAAUAUUUCUCCCUCCUCCUGGGUAAUCUGUGCACCACCAUUCAGUAUCCCCCGUCCGUCCGUUUGCAGUGAGGCAGGAAGAGGCGCCAAUGAAGGGACGAAGUUUUACUGUGAGAGAAAGAGACAGAAGGAGAGUUUCUAACUGAGCACAGACAGGCAGGAAGUGAUCACUAAACGGAUACAUCUGAUUAUUUCCCAUGCUGACACCACUUUAAUCCUGUACGGCUCCGGAGGCUUUGACCCCAGGGCACGCCCUCCGGCACGGGGAUCAGUGGGUGAAAGGAAGGUCUGGAUGAGGGAAAGCUGAGAGUGUUUAAGGGUAACAUCUGUAUUGUUUAACCUGGAAGCUAUUUUCCAUGUUUUUAAUUAUAAAUGACUCAUUUUUUUAAUUGGUCCAGUAUUGAGUGAGAGCGCUGCAGCUGCUAAACAACCUGCAAGUCAAUCCUUUGGGCAAAGUACGUCCACAAAGGUUUGUUUUGCCACUGAAAGGCUCAGAUUGUUAUUAUAAGUGUCGACAUCAUGGAAAGGAGUCUACUGAUAAAUAAAUAAAUGUUCUGUAACUUUCACUUGAUCCGCUCCGUUUGUUAUCGUGUCUAAAGUCUCGCUCAAGGAGAAGUCUCGCUCUGAGAUCUUGCUCAUGACAUCCACAUCAGAACAAUAAGCUAAAUAUUCAGCCAUGACAUUGAAAAUCUUUUAGAUGACACUAAGCUACGCUUUUUAUACUCCAACACAGCAAAAUGUGACGACGCCGGCCCUCCUCUCUCCAACUCUCACUCACGUUUUCACUGCUGUCUUCUGGCAACAAGUCACAUGACACAAAAACAAGCAGAUCAAGAAAUAGGUAAAGAAAAACAUUUUGUUUAUCUGUUGCUCCUUAAAUGUUUUCACUUAUAAUAACAAUCUGAGGCUGUCGGUGGCAAAAACAAACUUUGAGUGUACAUUGACGGUGCAGAAUUGCACGAUAUGAUUGCAUUGCAGCGCUCUCGCUCAUUACUGGACCAAUUAAAAAAAAAUAGUUGUCACUUUUAGUCACUCAGACACAAAAACAUGGGGAAAAAAAUACAGAUGUUUCCCUUUAAGAGGAGGAAGUAGUUCCAUCACAUCAGUUUUGGUCCAUGUUUAUUUUGUCUGUGUACAUACUGUAUGCCCAGACCAACAUCAUUUAACUCGGUUAUCAGAGAUUCACGUGAGAGCUCAUGGACUCAUCUUUGGAAACACCGGUUCUCUGGUAGAAAUGCGGGGUCAGCGGGGAUCGUUGUUGUUUGAGGGUUACAUUCUUUCUUUAUGAAGGACGGUUCGAUGGUAACCUUCUCAGUUAAAACUAUUAUUUUUCUGUACCUGUACAUUAAACUUUUCCUAACAUCCCUUCUUUGUCUCCGUGUUAGCCUCGAGUAAUCCUUCAUUUUGACAGGUUAGGGUCGAGAAACAAGGGAUUUAGAUUGAUCGGAUAUAUUCCCUUGGGAUGAUGUUUGUGUGGAAAUUGAUUGUGUGAGCUGACAGCGAGUGGUCUUUGUCUCACUGUCUCACGAUGGCAUUAUCAUCUGUGAUACCGUACAGAGUGGAAAGGUCGUGUCUUUAUUUUCUCUGAGAGAACGGGUAUUGUCCGUGUCACUCAUGCGUGCUUACCCAACCUUGCUCCCUAUAAUGCGUUAAGCUACACAUAAGUUUCUUCUUAUGUCUCUGUGUACUCUGCCUCUUAACACUUUUUUUCUGUUCAGCUUUUGGAGAACAUUAUCAUUCUGAGCUACAGACUGUUUCUGUACAAAGCGACAUCUUUGUAUGCAUGUAGUAGUCCGAACAAUUAUGUGACCACAGAACACUUUGUUAUGGUACAUGUAUGUCAACAUUUCUGUAGAGCAUUGUUCCCCAUUACGUCUAUUAGCAUAUGCAGAAUAACAAAUAAAUGUGUAUAU